AUGGCUGAUGUCAGUCCAGAGCUUCAAGAGCGGCUUGAAGAGUUGGAUCGCGAGCUAGAGGAAGGAGACAUUACACAGAAGGGUUACCAGAAACGACGAACCCAGCUUUUCUCCCAAUUCCUCGGUUCUCCUCCACCUCAAAUUGCUGCUCUCGCCGAGCCUCAGUCUGGCCUUCGCAUACACUCUCCCGAUGACUCGGCCCAUCCUUCAGGCGAUGGCCACCGCGCCGCUGCAUACGCUGCUCUCGGCAGCAGCAGUGGUCCAAUCCCAGAUUCGCCAGACGCACCUAUAUAUCGACCACAUUCUGGCUAUGCUCCCUCAGAAUCACCAAGACCUCCUCCUUCAGAGCCACCGGCUUCACUGCUACGCCCUGGGGGCUCUAUGGCUGGAGGAUCGACCGCUGCGCACCGCGACUCUCUUUUCUUCUCUCCCUCCCAUAUCGAACCUGAAACCCGAACGGGAACCAUGAUGUCUGGCGAUUAUGCUUUCAGACCUGAGCAACAAGGUUCAUACGUUGACCCGCACCAACAGCAACAGCAACAGCAGCAGUUUCAGCAACAGCCACCGCCACAACAGCAGUAUGAUGGCCGAACUGCAACUCUUCUCGAUUCACAAGGAUAUUUCUCAGAUUUCGCGGGACAGCAACAUUAUGAUCAGGGUCAGACUGUUGAAUAUGGAGGACCCCAGCAGCGAUAUUCUUCCAGCGAUGCUUUUUCUCCAACCGCUGCAAUGGCACCUCCGAUGCUCACAACCAAUGACCUUCCGCCGCCCGAGGCCCUCGAAUACCAGCUGCCUCUUGACCCUCGCGAGGUGCCGUUCGCUAUACAAGACCCUCAUGACGAUUCUACGCCAAUGUCAAAGUUCGAUAAUAUCGCAGCCGUACUACGACACAGAGGCCGAACAAUUGCCAAGAAACCAGCGUAUUGGGUGUUGGACAGCAAGGGCAAGGAGAUCGCUUCAAUUACGUGGGACAAGCUGGCAUCCAGAGCGGAGAAGGUUGCGCAAGUCAUUCGUGAUAAGAGUUCUCUAUACCGAGGUGAUCGAGUUGCUCUCAUUUACCGCGAUUCGGAAGUCAUUGAUUUCGCCAUUGCCUUGCUGGGAUGCUUCAUUGCUGGAGUUGUUGCUGUUCCUAUCAAUGACCUACAGGAUUACCAACGGUUAAACCAUAUUCUUACCACGACGCAAGCCCAUUUGGCGCUGACUACCGAUAACAACCUUAAAGCCUUCCAACGAGAUAUCACUACACAAAAGUUGACAUGGCCAAAGGGCGUCGAAUGGUGGAAGACAAACGAGUUUGGCAGCUUUCACCCUAAGAAGAAGGAGGAUGUUCCAGCUCUUGUUGUUCCAGAUCUGGCUUAUAUCGAGUUUUCACGAGCGCCGACCGGAGACUUGAGAGGUGUUGUUCUCAGCCAUCGAACUAUCAUGCACCAAAUGGCCUGUCUUAGUGCUAUUAUUUCUACUAUCCCCGGCAAUGGGCCUGGGGAUACUUUCAACCCAUCUCUUCGUGACAAGAACGGCCGACUUAUUGGUGGCGGCGCAAGCAGCGAGAUCUUGGUUUCGUACCUUGAUCCCCGUCAAGGUAUUGGCAUGAUUUUGAGUGUACUCCUGACCGUUUAUGGCGGCCAUACUACCGUUUGGUUUGAUAACAAAGCCGUCGACGUCCCUGGAUUAUACGCCCACCUCCUCACCAAGUACAAAUCGACCAUUAUGAUCGCUGAUUAUCCUGGAUUGAAGCGAGCGGCAUACAAUUAUCAGCAAGAACCAAUGGUGACACGAAAUUACAAGAAGGGAAUGGAACCAAACUUCCAAAUGAUUAAACUCUGUUUGAUUGACACCUUAACUGUCGACAGUGGGUUCCAUGAAGUUUUGGCUGAUCGAUGGCUGAGACCGUUGAGAAAUCCUCGCGCUCGUGAGGUUGUUGCACCUAUGCUUUGUCUGCCCGAGCACGGAGGCAUGGUGAUCAGUGUGCGCGACUGGCUAGGAGGAGAAGAGCGUAUGGGAUGUCCUUUGAAGCUUGAACUUGGAGAGGACACCGAGUCUGAUGAAGAGAAAGAGGAUAUCGAAAAAACAGAGAAGCCGGCAGUUUCGAACGGUUUCGGCAGUCUUUUGAGUGGCGGCGGCACGGCAACGACUGAAGAAAGGGCAAAGAACGAGCUUGGCGAGGUUCUUUUGGAUCGUGAGGCUCUUAAAACCAACGAAGUUGUGGUAGUGGCCAUUGGAAACGACGCCCGUAAAAGGGUAACGGAUGAUCCAGGAUUGGUUCGAGUUGGUUCUUUUGGAUACCCCAUACCCGAUGCCACACUCUCCGUCGUCGAUCCCGAAACGGGCUUACUAGCCUCACCACACUCCGUAGGUGAAAUCUGGGUUGACUCUCCUUCUCUUUCAGGCGGGUUCUGGGCACAACCAAAGAACACCGAGCUGAUUUUCCAUGCUCGCCCUUACAAAUUCGACCCAGGCGACCCCACGCCCCAGCCUGUAGAACCCGAAUUCCUUCGAACAGGCCUGCUAGGUACUGUCAUUGAGGGUAAGAUCUUUGUUCUUGGACUCUACGAAGACCGAAUUCGGCAGAAGGUUGAGUGGGUUGAGCAUGGACACGAACUAGCGGAGUACCGCUACUUCUUUGUCCAGCAUAUCGUCGUGAGCAUUGUUAAGAAUGUUCCCAAGAUAUACGACUGUUCAGCUUUUGAUGUCUUUGUCAACGAUGAACACCUACCAGUCGUUGUGUUAGAAUCAGCGGCUGCGUCAACAGCGCCGUUGACAUCUGGAGGACCUCCUCGACAACCGGAUACAGCUCUACUAGAGUCGUUAGCUGAGCGUUGUAUGGAGGUUCUUAUGACAGAGCAUCACCUCAGACUGUACUGCGUUAUGAUCACAGCACCGAACACUUUACCACGUGUCGUCAAGAAUGGUCGACGCGAGAUUGGUAACAUGCUCUGUCGCCGAGAGUUUGAUCUCGGCAAUCUUCCAUGUGUGCACGUCAAGUUUGGCGUGGAACACGCAGUGCUUAACCUUCCUAUUGGUGUAGACCCCAUGGGCGGUAUUUGGUCACCAUUGGCUUCGGACUCUCGUGCCGAGUUUUUGUUGCCUGCCGACAAGCAGUAUUCUGGUGUCGACAGACGUGAAGUCGUGAUCGAUGACCGUACCUCCACUCCCCUCAACAACUUCUCUUGCAUUUCAGAUCUAAUCCAAUGGCGUGUGGCUCGCCAACCAGAAGAGUUGGCGUACUGCACAAUCGACGGCAGAGGUCGUGAAGGUAAGGGUGUCACGUGGAAGAAAUUCGACACCAAGGUCGCUUCUGUUGCCAUGUACCUGAAGAACAAGGUCAAGGUGAGACCAGGAGACCACGUCAUCCUCAUGUACACCCAUUCAGAGGAGUUUGUUUUUGCCGUGCAUGCCUGCAUUUGCUUGGGUGCCAUUAUUAUCCCAAUUGCACCCCUUGACCAGAACCGGUUGAAUGAGGAUGUCCCAGCUUUCCUGCACAUUGUAGCAGAUUACAAUGUCAAGGCUGUGCUGGUCAACUCUGAGGUUGAUCAUUUGAUCAAGAUUAAGCCAGUGGCCAGUCACAUCAAGCAGUCGGCCCAAGUUCUUAAGAUUACAAGCCCUUCCAUCUACAACACAACUAAGCCACCAAAGCAAAGUAGCGGACUGAGAGACUUGAGAUUUACCAUUGAUCCUGCUUGGAUUCGACCUGGUUACCCUGUCAUUGUUUGGACAUAUUGGACACCCGAUCAACGUCGAAUCUCAGUUCAGCUUGGCCAUGACACAAUUAUGGGCAUGUGCAAGGUUCAAAAGGAAACCUGCCAAAUGACAAGUUCAAGACCUGUGCUUGGAUGUGUAAGGAGCACAACUGGUCUAGGCUUCAUCCACACAGCUCUCAUGGGCAUUUAUAUCGGAACACCUACCUACCUCCUAUCGCCCGUUGAGUUUGCAGCCAACCCCAUGUCUCUAUUCGUCACGUUGUCGAGAUACAAGAUUAAGGAUACUUAUGCGACACCACAGAUGCUGGACCAUGCCAUGAACUCCAUGCAGGCAAAGGGUUUCACUCUUCAUGAGCUUAAGAACAUGAUGAUCACGGCUGAGAGCCGACCAAGAGUUGACGUGUUCCAGAAGGUCAGACUUCACUUUGCUGGAGCUGGUCUGGAUAGAACUGCUAUCAACACAGUCUACUCGCAUGUUCUCAACCCCAUGGUUGCGUCGAGGUCUUACAUGUGCAUCGAGCCUAUUGAGCUCUGGCUUGACACACAAGCGCUUCGACGUGGCCUGGUUAUCCCCGUGGACCCUGAAUCGGAUCCCUUGGCUCUGCUGGUGCAGGACAGCGGUAUGGUUCCAGUCUCAACACAAAUCGCCAUCAUCAACCCUGAAAGCAGAGUACACUGUCUCGAUGGCGAAUAUGGUGAGAUUUGGGUUGAUUCUGAGGCCUGCGUUAAGUCCUUCUAUGGUUCCAAGGAUGCUUUCGAUGCUGAGCGCUUCGAUGGCCGAGCUGUUGACGGAGACCCCAACAUUCAGUACAUCCGUACUGGAGACUUGGGUUUCCUCCAUAAUGUUAGCCGGCCAAUUGGCCCUAACGGUGCUCAAGUGGACAUGCAGGUGCUGUUUGUCCUUGGAAACAUUGGUGAGACUUUUGAGAUCAAUGGAUUGAGUCACUUCCCUAUGGAUAUCGAGAACUCUGUGGAAAAAUGCCACAGAAACAUUGUGCAGAAUGGCUGUGCGGUGUUCCAAGCUGGCGGUUUGGUCGUUGUUCUCGUUGAGGUCAACCGCAAGCCAUACCUGGCGUCGAUUGUUCCUGUCAUUGUCAACGCUAUUCUCAACGAACACCAAAUCAUCGUGGACAUUGUCGCAUUUGUCAACAAGGGAGACUUCCCACGAUCUCGUCUUGGAGAGAAGCAACGUGGCAAGAUUCUCGGCGGCUGGGUUAGCAGGAAACUGAGGACCCUUGCACAGUUCUCUAUCCGUGAUAUGGACGCUGAGUCUACCGCGGGUGAUGUUAUGGAUCCUUCCAGAGUCUCAAUGGUUAGCGUACGAAGCGGAGGCGGCGCUGCUCCUGGAUCUUCUAGUUUGAGAAAUGUCGAGCCCGCACCUCAAAUCUUGGAGGAGGAACAUGAUCAGACAACUCCUCGUCAUGAAUACGAGUCAGCGCCAACUAUGGUUUCUGAGCUGCCUGACGGCCAAGAGACACCAACAGGAUUCCAGCACUCGCAGUUUGAAUACCCAACGCAACAACAAGUUGGUUCUCAACCACCGACUCAACUGAACCUUUCCCAUCAACCUGAUCAAGGAUUUGACAUGGACUUUUCAAGGUAUAGCACCAUAGAACCCGAACAAGGUCCCGUCCACAGACGUCCAGUCCCAGGCCAAGCCCAACAACCUCAGCCUAUGACAGGGAACGGUCAAGCGCCGCCCCAGAUCAGGCUACCAGGUGUAGAUGGACGAGAAGGAGGAGGUUUCUGGUCGCCGCAAGGGCAAGGUCAGAACGAGAAGAGUGAAGAAGACUGGACAGCGGAGGCCAUUAUGCAUAUGAAUCUGGCGGGUGAUAUGAACCCUCCCAGGUGA